UGCUCUCCUCGUGUUGCAUGAUUUUCUUCUGCUAUUCCAGUCUGCUACCGCACUCCAGGAGGAUAUUUGAUAUCUGUAAAUUGCCCAUAGUAUAUGGUGAUGUGUAUUCUGUGUGUGUGUGUGCCUGGUAAUGCACCGAGGGCCAUCCCAAGUGCUCCCAUGCCUUAUGCCCUGAGCUGCCGGCGAUAGGCUCCAAGCCCCUAGUGACCCUGCACUGGAUAAGCGGCUGGGAUACAGGUGGAUGGAUUAUCUGUAGAGCAACCCGCAAGUUUAAGAAGGUAAACAUGUUUUCCUUUUUCAGGUUAAACAAGACUGAAACCAACAACCUUGAGAAAACAUGGGCGACACAUUAAACCAAAAUGCAACUGCAAACUCUUUCGUGCGUCCUCAGUAUUUUUUCAUCACUGGUUUUUCUAACAUACCUCAUGCUCAGUACUACUUCAUAUUCUUGUGUUUGAUUUAUGUGGUCACUGUCUUGGGGAACUCCUUUGUCACACUCAUUAUUUAUGUAGACCGUUCUCUUCACACCCCAAAAUAUAUGGCUAUUUUUACAUUAGCUGUAGCUGACUUGGGAGAGAGUACUGCUGUUUUUCCUAAUGUGAUUAAUGUCUGCCUGUUAAAUAUACAUCAAAUAACGUAUGAAGCCUGCAUGUCUAACAUGAUUUUUAUAUAUUUUUUUAGUUCAGUGCAAUCUGUCAUGCUUACUGUUCUAGCAUAUGACCGGUUUGUAGCAAUUUGCUUCCCACUGAGAUACCACAGCAUUGUCACAAACACAACAAUGGGCAUUAUUCUCACUGUGGGAUGCAUAUUUAAUGUUGUGUUUGUAAUGAGUGCAGUGCUAUUGGUUACUAGGCUGUCUUUCUGUAAAUCCAUAGUGAUUGACAGCUAUUUCUGUGACCAUGGGCCUCUAUACAGACUGGCCUGCAAUGACAAUAUGCCAAACUAUAUAAUGGUAAUGUUAUUCACAGUGUUACAUUUUUUUCUACCAUUGUCUCUGAUUUGUUUAUCUUAUGUAUGUAUUUUGUUGGCGCUGUUUAAAAUUGCAUCAUGGGAAGGACGUCUAAAAGCCUUAAAGACCUGUUUUUCCCACCUAAUUUUAGUAUCAGCAUUUUAUUUUCCAAUAUUGGGCAUUUACAUAGGUGCAAUGGCCGGUUCUGUCCAACGAAAUGCAAGGAUCAUUAAUAUAUCGCUUUCAUAUGCCAUUCCUGCCAUGCUGAACCCCAUUGUGUAUUCUCUGAACACUGCUGAGAUAAAGGACUUUGUAAAAAGAAGUUUCAGAAGAAAAAAAUACAAAAACACAGUAACUGGAACAAAUAAUUAGUCAACUGACUGGUUUUAGAUAUUAAUAAAUCUAUAUAUCAUUAAUAACUGUGUUGGCUUACUUUUUUUCUAGAUUUUUGUCAUACAUUAUUAACAAUUUCUGUAAAGGUGGAUUUUAGAAAGAGAUUUCAAAAUGUAUGUAAAUUUGUUAAAUGAAUGUUAUAACAAAUGUCAUAGCUUUUAACUAUUCUUUAAAUUGUGACACACGUUUUUUGGUAGGUCUAAAAAUUAACACAGAUUAGCUUGUAGAAAAA